CACUACCCCCCUCGCACAGCAUUAUACAUACGACCCUUUCUUCCUUGGAAAGAUUUUUCCUGCAAAACUUGAAAAUAUGAGCGACACGAUCACGGCAGAAACGACCUUGCCCUUCGGAAAGCAACUGGCUGCCAAUGAAAAGAAAACUCGCGACAAAGCCGUCAGUGCAUUACGUCGUUACAUUUCCAGCAGUCCUGAGCUUUCUCGUGUAGAUCUUUUGAAAUUAUGGAAGGGCUUAUUUUAUUGUUAUUGGAUGUCUGACAAGCCUUUGGUACAACAAGACCUCUCUGAAAAACUGGGAUCUCUUGUAUUAGACAUACCAGCUGAUAAUGCCAUUCCGUUCCUCGAAGCAUUUUGGGAAACACAUUGCUCAGAGUGGCACGGUUUGGAUAGAAUAAGAUUGGACAAGUACUACAUGCUGUUACGGCGCGUUAUUUUUUACUCGUUUUUGUUUUUGGCAAACCAUGAUUGGAAUGAGGAGAAUGUGGAAGAGUAUACUACCAUGCUUUUAAAUGGUCCCCUACAUCCAACAGACCGAAAAAAGCCUGAUUCCAUCCGAUACCAUAUUUUUGACGUUUAUUUCGAAGAGCUCGAUAAGGUGAUGGAACUGCAACGGGAACAAGGAGAAGAGGUUCAUUUGAGCAUGGAAUCAAUUGAGCGACCCAUUCAAGUUGCAGCGACUGAAUCUAUCAACAAGGUCGUAAGGACAAAGGCCAAGGCCACACUAGCUGCAUGGGAAGAAGUUAAAAAGGCAGAAGAAGAAAGUGGAGAUCAAGAUAUGGACGAAGACGAAGAAUAGAUUCCAAAGCUCUCCUUGUAUAUAAUAAUCACAUCAUCUAUCGACCAAAAGAUAAAAUAUUCAUGCAUAGCAUUUGUAUUACCAUAA